AGUUUUCGAAAUGUAUUUCAAUAGAUCAUGUGAUCAAAACAUUUUCACUGUUCUUCGGAAAAAAUAAUUUAUAAAAUAUAUACAUUGCCAUUGAAAUUAGCUGUUUACUAUUGAAAAGAAAUUGCUAAAACAAGACUUAGAUAGCAAAUAUAUAAUUUAUGUCAAACAAUCAAUACAUGUCUAUGUAUUAAUAAUCUAUUUUCUCCCAAUACCGAGCGAUAAUAAGAGAGGAUAUUACUUAUGGCUGAAGCAAAGGAAGUUAUCGGAGAUGAUUCUAUAAAUGAAACAACGGAGAAAUUAAGCAGUGCAUUUCUAAAGGAAUAUGUAACUCCUUUUUCAAAUGCUGAACUUACUCUAACAAAUCUAUUGAGAAGUCAAAGAAUAAUAAUAGAGAGUGUUGAGCAAGAAAGAUCCAAACUGGAUGAAAGUAAAGCUUCUCUAAGAGUCCAAGCGUUGGCCAAUAAAGUGGAAUUUUAUCAGAAAAAGCUUUCUCGACUUAAAAUGGAUAUGCGAAAUUUGCAACAAAAGAGCGCAAAUUUAAAGAAAAGGAGUAGAAAAUUGCAAAAUUUAAAAGAACAAGAAGCCCUAGAAAAAGAGGAAGAACGACUGAAAGAAGAACUUUUAGAAAAAGAACUCAUAGCAAAGCCCCUUCCAACUAGCAAAUAG